UGCGGCCGGCCAAGGUUGCCUGUGGGAGUGCUCAGGCGUGCAGGUGGGCAGCAAGCAGAAAGCUUGGAAUGGACAGUCUCCAGGACACAGUUCCGCCGGACCAAGGGGGCCGUGGCCCUGCCCUCUGCAGGCUGGUCCCCGUGGGCUUUAGGGCUGAGGCAUGGAAGCUCUUUGUCCUGUCCGGACCCCUGGUCCUGUUCCAGGUGCUGUCCUUCAUGAUCUAUGUCGUGAGCUCGGCGUUCUGCGGGCAUCUGGGCAAAGUGGAGCUGGCAUCGGUGACCCUGGCAGUGGCCUUUGUCAAUGUUUGCGGAGUUUCCAUAGGAUUCGGCUUUUCCUCAGCAUGUGACACCUUGAUGUCCCAGAGCUUCGGCAGCCCCAACAAGACGCAGGUGGGCGACAUCCUCCAGAGGGGAGUGCUCCUCCUGCUUCUCUGCUGCUUCCCCUGCUGGGCACUCUUCCUCAACACCCAGCAGAUUCUACUGCUCCUCGGGCAGGACCCAGACGUGUCCAGGCUGACCCAGGAGUACGUGCUGAUCGCCAUACCGUCACUUCCGGUGGUUUUUCUUUACAACCUGCUGGCAAAAUAUUUGCAAAAUCAGGGAAUCGUCUGGCCCCAAGUCCUCAGUGGCAUCGUGGGCAACGGCAUCAAUGGCUUGGCCAACUACAUCCUGGUUUCUGUGCUGGACCUGGGGGUCAGGGGCUCUGCUUAUGCCAGCACCGUCGCCCACAUUGUGCAGAUGAUCUUCCUGUUCCUCUACAUCAUGCUGAAAAAGCUACACGUGGCUACGUGGGCAGGCUGGUCCAUCCAGUGCCUGCAGGACUGGGGCCCCUUCUUCCGCUUGGCCGUCCCCAGCAUGCUUAUGCUGUGCAUCGAGUGGUGGGCCUACGAGAUCUGGAGCUUCCUCAUGGGCCUGCGCAGCGUGCUGGACCUCUCGGCCCAGGCUAUUCUCUACGAGGUGGCCACAGUCAUCUACAUGGUUCCAAUGGGGCUCAGCAUCUCAGUCUGUGUCCGAGUAGGGAUGUUCCUGGGAGCUUCAGACACUGUGCAGGCAAAAAGAUCAGCUGUCUCAGGCGUGCUCUGUGUAGUUGGCAUCUCGCUGGUUAUCAGUGCCCUGUUGAGCAUCCUCAGAAAUAAACUGGGGUAUAUUUUUACCAAUGAUGAAGAAGCCAUCGCCCUGGUGAGCAAGGUCUUGCCCAUUUACAUCGUCUUUCAGCUCUUUGAGGGCAUCUGUUGCGUCUACAGUGGAGUCCUGAGGGGAACCGGCAGGCAAGCCUUCGGAGCCCUGGCUAAUGCGAUCGCCUAUUACGUCAUCGGACUCCCACUAGGCAUCGUUCUGACCUUCCUGGUGGGAAUGGGGAUCGUGGGCCUCUGGCUGGGCAUGCUGGCCUGCGUCCUGCUGGCAGCUGCUGCCUUUGUCACCUACACUGCCCGGAUAAACUGGAAGCUAGCUGCAGAAGAGGCCCAGAAGCGCAUGGGGCUGCCACAGCAGGGCAAGGCGGGCAUGGCGGAUGAGGCGACUGAGGCCAGUGAAGUGAGCACGACCCCCAGGCUUGGGCCUGACACAGCUGCUGCAUCUUCAGUGGCCACGAGCAGCAGCCCUGGCAUUACCCUGAUGAUGUACUCACGGCCCGAGUGCCAUGUGGACCUCUUCAGGACUCCAGAGGCAACCCACACCCUUCCAGCUCCUUCCCGCAGACUGUCAGGGAGACAGCUGGCCCUCCGCCGAGGGGCCGCUCUGGGGGCGGCAGUGGCCACAUUUACUGCGGGGCUCAUCGUGAGGAUCCUGACCCACAGGCACUAGGGAAGCCAGGGGUGGCUGCCUCCACUGCAUCCCCACAGGUCUGCCCUCCCAAAGCACCAGUGAGGUCCACUGCAUGUGGACCCUUUGGACCAGUCCUCAGAAAAGGGCCUUCAGCAGGUGCCUCCUGUGACAGAGGGGCCUGAAUUGUGCAGACUGACAAUCCUGUCGUGGUUAAAUGGCUUUCUCUCCUCUGACCUGGACUGCCCUUUGGAAGACACCAGCUGACCAAAGAGUGAGGAAACUGGGAUCACCACUAUGAUUCAAUAAUGUAAACAGCUUCAGGUUGGACAUUUCAAAUCAAAACAAAACCAUGACAUUAAAAAGUAUGCAUUUCCUAGCCAUGGUCUUCUGCCCAGGUCUGUUCACAAAACCUUUGGGAAGCUCUGGAAAAGGAGGUAGUGGGCCGAGAGCCCCAUCUGUUGCCGGCUCCCCUAACUCCUACUGUGAGAUGCAUCCCCCUCCUCCCCAGCCUGGGAGGCUAUCCACAGACUCUUCCUUGCCUUUCCUCCAACCCUUUCAUCCCACUGACAUUCCCCCCAUCACCGGCCUUGAGAAGCCCUCAUUCUUACAGUAGCAAUGUGAGACAAACGAGGGCAGUGAAACCCAGAUCAUUCUGCCACAGGGCCUCAGGUGAACUCAGUGUUGGGCCACAUCCUAGGAUGCCUCUUCUGAGGCUGGUGAACGUUUCUGGGCUCCUUGCUAUCUCAGCCCACAUACCUCCAUGGCAAGUGGAGGGCAGACUGGCCUCCACUGCCAAGUUGCCUUCGCUAUAAAUAGCUAUAAACACACUAACACAGAGAAUGGAUUUACUGAUCAAGGACAAUAGGAAAAAGAAUGCAGAGUUUAACUCCCUGUCUUGAAGCACCAACAUGCUAUGAAUUCAGCUUCAUGGUGUUUUCAGUGCCCGUGGAGAUAUCCCAGGCCUCCUGCUCAGCCUCUGUCCUUGUCUGUGAUGUACCCCUUUCAUUAGUGAGCUUCUAGCACCAAAUAAAACACCAAGGUACAGGUCAUGGCUAAGUAAUAUUGUUUCUCCAGCUGUGCUCUACAGUUCACAGGUAUUGAGGACAAAGUAUUCCCCAGUUGACUGAGUUUGGGAACCACACUGGCACUUCACAGGCUCCACACGAGCUGCGCCUUUAAUGCGCAAGCAGACUGGACAGACCCCACGAGGCAAGAUGGGCAGUGGGACCACUUUCAAGUAAAACCUCAUGGGGUCAGAUCAGUGAAUGGGGCCUGGGGAGAAGAUCCUGACACCGAUUCUGGUGUGUGCUUUCUCCACACCACUCAGCAAUUCUGACACCCACUGAUUGUCCCUGUCUACCUGGAGGCAGCAUAAGAUCCCACAGGUGAAGGGCUCAGCCCCACAGGACUGUCCUCCCUUCUCCCACCCCCAGCUCCAACUUCAGACCCCAGUCACAAGUCCAGGUUGUCACCUGUGCUUCUGACCGACCAGCUGCAGAUUGGAGGGUCCAGGAACCCCUCCUGGGGUUCAUUCAAUUUGUUAACAGUGGCUCACUGACCACAGAUAACCAGUUCACUAUAAAAAAUAUAUAACUAAGGGACGGCAGCUGGAAGCGAUGCACAGGGCCAGGUGUGGGGUUGGGGUCCUGCCCUCCACACGCUGUCCUUUGGGGUUUAUGAAGCCUUCAUUCUGUAGGCAUAGAUCAACUCAUUGGGCCUUGGUGACAUAACUCAACCUCCAGCAUCCCUCCCCCAACCCUGAGGUCCAGGGGUGGAACUGAAUGUUCCAACCCACUAAUCACAAAGUAGGUUUCCUUGGCAACUAGACCCUGUCCUUAGGUCCUGUCCAAAAGUCGUAUCAUUACAGUUAACAAGACACCUUUAUCACUCUCGUCACUUAGGAAUUCCAAGGAUGUUAGGAGCUCUGUGGCAGGAAUAGCUAUAAAGACCAUACAUAGAUUUAUUCUAAAUUACCAGAACACAGAGGAUGCAGUUGGAGAAAGCCUAGUUACUACACAGGUACACUGAAGAACUAAGGGAGCCAAAGCGGCGCUGGGCUCUCCUGGUGCUGCCUCUGCGCCAAGCCCGCCCUUGUUUCCCUGUCCCAGCUUUAGGAAACACACUCUCGAA